AUGCCACCGCCGCCUCUACCUGAGGCCCCAGAGUCAACAGAAGUGCCCAUCAUACAAGCUCACACUCUCCUGACCUCGUUCUCAUCUUUCCUCACCAUCUCCAUACACACGAUCCUGUACUACCGUAGCAUAUACCCACGUCGGACAUUCCUCUCUGCAAGAGCCUUCAACAUCCCUGUCCACCAGUCAAGGCACCCCAAGGUCUGCUCCUGGGUUCUUGAUGCCGUGGAUGCAGUGACGGGCCAAAUCGCCGCCGGCAGUGUUGCGCGGGUUGCUGUCGUCAUUCACGCACCGCUCACCUCAUCCGGCACCACCCCAUCAAAGCCCCCAGCUGCCGUUCCUGCUGCCCCAGCUAGCAAGGCAGCCCUUUCAAAGGUGUCGCCCGGUGCCGUCCUAGAACGGUGGAUGUUCGACGUCAGUGGCUUUCCGUCGUGGCCCGGCGGCGCAGAAGCUAUGCGCAACUUCGACCCCAGAGGAAGCAGCGGCAAGAAGCACGAUGAGGAGGGCGAGGACGACGCCGAGGAAGACGCCGAGGAAGAUGCCGAGGAGGACGUCGAGGAAGACGACGAUGCGGUCGCUGCGGAGGAGGACGAGGACAACGAGCUCGUCGAGGAGGAUGUCAUCAACUGGGCCGAUGUCGACGAGCAGUUGCGCGGUGCUCUCAGAAGGCUGGCUUACGCGGGAGAGAAGAUGGACGCCCUGCCGGAGGGAUGCACGUUCACUGUUGCUGUUGAGCUGAAGAACCAGGCACAGGCGCCGAUAGGGCACCCGCAGCCAUGGAUUCCGUCACAGCCCAGCCUGCAAGCUGCAGUUCGCCAGAGGAAGAGAGGCAAGGAUCUUGGCGGCGCAAAGACUGUUCCUGUACGAUCAGUAGAAGCCGGGCCACUAUUCUUCGAGUGCUGGGUUGAGGAGGGCAAGGCCAAGGAGGCUCUUCGAAGUACCGCCGCUGUCCCGUUAAACAAACCAUCUUAA